AUCAUCUUUAUCAUCUUCUUGAAAUAAUUGUUUUAACUGUUACACUCAGUUGAUUCUAUUAUUCAGUUUUCGUCCAUUCUAAUUAACUAAUCGAAGUUACUUCUUGGUGCUUAUAGAUUGACAUUUGAAGUGCUUUUAUAUAAGAUCAACAUUCACCAUGGAUGACAAGGAGGCAAGAAAAGCCGAAGUUCGAGCUCGUCUCGAACAGGCCGCGGCCGCGUCCAAGAAGAAACGUGGAUUCAUGACCCCGGCUCGAAAGAAGAAACUUCGAAAUCUUUUGAGGAAAAAAGCGGCUGAAGAAUUGAAGAGAGAACAAGAGAGAAAAGCCGAAGAACGAAAGAAAAUUAUUCGAGCGAGAACCGGUGAACCAAAGAACCUUGACGAUUCGAACGAAGCUCAACUUCAUGCGAUAGUUAAGGAGUAUUAUGAGAGAAUCUGUGGUCUCGAAAGUGAAAAAUAUGACCUGGAAUAUGACGUAUCUAAGAAAGACUUCGAAGUCCGUGAACUAAUGGCCAAAGUUAACGAUGUUCGAGGAAGAUUUAUUAAACCUCCGCUCAAAAAGGUCUCAAAAACUGCUCAACAAAUGGAAAAGAUUCGUAUGUUCACUGCCAAAGUAUCGCAAAUGGAUUAUCGUUCUGGUCUUAAACAGAUCAAAAAAUAUGAUCUCGGUAAAGACCAAGAAGAGAAGGAAAAACCUGAAUGGGCCGCUGGUCAAAAGGAGAAAUCAGUGGCCUCCGAUAAAACUGAAGGUUGACCAACAUUCAUCUUAAUUCUGGAAACGAUUCACUUUCAUCAUCUUUUCAUUAAAAUGUUCAAGUUUCUCAAAAUUUACUCUGAUUCUCAAUCUCUCUCAUUUAUCCUGAAGAUUUAGCUCUAAAUUCAUCCCUGAUAAUUGAUUGUGAAUCAUAAAUAAUCAUCAUGAUAAAAGUGAUAUUAUGGAAAUUAAUUAAACGAUUGGAGCCACAAUCAAUCUUUA